AUGUCUUCUUCUGAUGCUGCGACUGCUGCGACUCUAUUAUUGGGAGUGGGAGUGAGGACGCGAGCGCAGAAAAGACGGAGAGGGGACGAGAGAGAUUCUUCUUUGUGGGAUGUGGUCGUGAAGUGCGACGAUAUAACUUUCACUCAUAUUUUGCCGAGGUUGAAUAGGACGGAUGUGAAAUUCUUGCACGGAGUGAACAGUGAAACGAGAAAGUUGAUUAAGAGAUCAUCUCGCAAGAAGGAGUUGAAAGAGAAGUUUAAAGUUGAAGAGAUGUCGUCGAUUUCGACUUUGGAAGUUGCGUGGGAGCAUUUUCCGUGGGACGAGUAUGACUACGAUGCGGAAGAAGAGAUGGACGAAACAUAUUUCUGCUGGAAAGUUGCUCAAACGAAUAAACUCGAGUUGCUCAAGUGGGCGCGAGAGGAGAAAAAGUGUGAGUGGGAUGAAGGGACGAUUAAUGAAGCCGCAUCUCAAGGUUAUAUGGAAAUGGUAAAGUAUUGCGUUGCAAAUGGGUGUCAUAUCGAUGGGAGGGCGUGUGCAUGGGCUGCCGGUGGCGGUCAUCUCGAGGUACUCAAAUACUUACGCGAAGAAGCGAAAGCGCCUUGGGAUUCGAGUACUGCCGCAAGGGCGGCUGAAAAGGGUCAUCUCCACAUACUCGAGUAUCUUGUUGAACGUAAGUAUGAUGAAUUCGAGUAUGCGUGUGAGUAUGCAGCCGCAUUCGGCCACUUAGACUGUUUGAAGUACUUGCACGAAACCGCCAAAGUGCCUUGGAACGAAGAAGUGUUACGAGAAGCGCACGAGAACAACCAAACCGAAUGUUUACAAUACCUCCUCGACAACGACUGCCUUUUACCAGAUGGUUGGCUUUAUGAAGGAGGAACAUUACACACUGCCGAUGAAAACAGUGACGAGUUUGAUGAUUGA